AUGGUUGACGCAAGUGGUAGUGAUAUUCACGCGCGGCAACGCCGUAGCAACAUUCCAUGUGGUGUCAGUUUUACGCCAUGUUCACGUGCAGCACUUGCAUUUGGUCUUGUAUCAAAUACCUUCAGUGUAAUUAAUAAUCGAAAAAUUAUUUCAUUUCAAAUUAUAGCAUUUGAUGGCGAACCAUCAGAGAUAACAUGGAAUGGCAUAAAUAAAAUUGAUCAUUAUUCUAAGAAACUUUCCUAUUCAUCACAAAUUUCCAUUCUUGCAACUGAAAAACUACAAAAUGCUGGUCUUACAUCGGAGCUAAUUCUUUACGAUUUACCAAUAAUGAAUCUUCAUGAUACGCUAAUUAAUAAUAUAUGUCCGGUAAAUUUGGCAACCGAAUGUUCAUCAACCAAAUAUCGGACAUAUUCUGGACACUGUAAUAAUGUUAAUCAUCCAUUAUGGGGUGCAUCAUCCGAACCGAUGCAGCGUUUACUGAAGCCAUUUUACGCUAAUAAAAUUUCAAAACCACGAAUAUCAAUUAGCGGUUCAUUACUUCCAAGUGCACGAAAAAUAUCACAUAAUCUUAUCACUGAACCAACUGAUCGACAUACCUUAUGUUCAAUGAUGAUUGCACAAUGGGCAAUGUUUAUCAAUGAAGAUAUCAAUCAUCCUGGUAUCACUACUCUUUAUCAAGGUGAUCGAUCAAAAUCAUUAUUAUGCUGUAAUGAGAAAUACACUCAUCCAGAAUGUUAUCCAAUUGAAGUAGAUGAAGAUGAUACAACUUAUUCAAAAUUAACACAAUGUUUGCCAUAUGUACGUACAGCGACUUCACCACGUGAAAAUUGUUCACUUGGUCCACGUGAACAAGUUAAUCAAGCAACAUCAUUUCUUGAUGCUAGUAAUAUUUAUGGUAGCACCGUGGAACGCGCUAGUAGACUUCGUGCAUAUCGAAAUGGUUUUCUAUUAACGCAACAAAGUUCACAUUAUAAUACUUUAUUAACAAUUACAAAUGAUGAUACCUGUAUGAGUAAUCGAAGUUCACAACGAUGCUUCUUAUCGGGUGGUGAAUUAACAAAUUUAUUUCCCACACAAACUGCAUUGCAUACGAUAUGGUUACGUCAGCAUAAUAAUAUUGCUAAACAAUUAAAAGUUAUAAAUGUUGACUGGGAUGAUGAAAAAUUAUUUCAAGAAUCACGUCGAAUUAUUAUAGCACAAAUUCAACAUAUUACUUACAAUGAAUUCUUACCAAUUAUUGUUGGAAAAAAUAAAUUACGACAAUAUGGAAUUAAAUUACAACAUAAUGAUUAUGAUAGUGAUUAUGACUUGAAAGUUGAUGCAACAGCAUUAAAUGAAUAUGCAUCAGCGGUUGGAUUAUUCUACUAUUCGCUCUUUUCUGAUCAAAUGACCUUUUAUGAAGAUAAUGAUGGAAAUCGAAAAGCGCAAAAAUCCUGGAGUACACUGCUUAAUGAUCCAGGAUUAUUUUAUAAUGGUAAAAUUGACAUCAUUUUAAGAUUUUUAUUACUUGAAACAAUUCGUAAACCUGGCUUACAUAUGAAUAAAUAUUUUAAAAAUGAUUUUCUACGUGGUAAAGGCAAUUACGGAAUUGAUUUAGCAGCAAUGAUUAUACAAAUGGGACGAGAUCAUGGAAUUCCAGGCUAUACUGCUUUUCGUAGUGCUUGUGGCCUUCGACGACCAGCUAAUUUUACUGAUUUAGAUGAUAUUGUAUUAAAAUCACUUAAUUUGGAUGAAUUAAUCAAAUUAUAUAAUCAUAUCGAUGAUGUUGAUUUAUUUGUACUUGGUAUGGCUGAGAAGCCAGAACUUGGUGCAUUAGUUGGACCAACAUUUUCAUGUAUCAUUGGUAGACAAUUUCAAAAGAUUCGUAGAGGUGAUCGUUUUUGGUAUGAAAAUUUUUUUGCGCCCUCAGCGUUUACAUUGGAACAAUUAGCAGAAAUUCGAAAAACAACAUUGGCUCGAAUAAUAUGUGAUAAUUCGGAUGGCAUUCAGCAAAUACAACCAAAUGUUUUUACACUCGCUGAUAUUUAUGGAAACUGCCCUAUGUAUUGUAAUUCAACGAUAAUUGAUACAAUUGAUUUAACACAAUGGGUUGAUCAAGAGCCUAGGCUAAAGUUACCCAUAACAAAGGCUACAUUGGAAAAAGCAGUACGUUUAGGUGCUGAACAUGCUAAACGUUUAAAUGAUGCAGAAGCAGACCGAAUCAAAAAGCAAGGUAAUAAUGGUAAUCGAAAUAAAAACCGAAAUUUGGCAAUUUAUGCGCAUUCAAAUUUAAUGGCACCAAAAAAGGAGUCAUUGGAAAUUUCACAUCGUGCUGAAGUUCUACGUGAAACAACUAAAGUUUUAUUAAGAGGUGAUGGUCUAAGUGAACAAGAACGUUUGCCAUUAGAAUUAGACUUGGCAACAUUACAACGUUUACUACCUGAAGUUGAUGUCACACAAUUUGUUGGAAAUAUUACAAAUUUUUUGGGUGAGGAAAAUCCAUCAAUGGAAGAAUGCUUACCAAGACCAUUACCAUGUGAUCAUACCACAAAAUAUCGUACAUUUUCUGGUUGGUGUAAUAAUUUAAAGUUUCCACAUUAUGGAAAUGCAUUUGCACCAAUGCGACGUUUAUUGGAUCCAGUUUAUGGAGAUGGCUUUGAUAGUCCACGUAUAUUUGGUCGUAAUAAUAGACGUAAAUUACCAUCAGCACGUAAAAUAUCAAAUAUUAUCCAUGCUGAAGCACCGGUAUUUCAUGCUAAAUAUACUCAUAUGUUAAUGCAAAUGGGACAAAUAAUUGAUCAUGAUUUUGCGCAUUCACCAGUUUCGCGAGGACCCGGAAAUACAAUUUUGGAUUGUAGUCGUUGUGAUUCAGCUAAAACCGUUUCCAUCCAUUGCUUUCCGAUACCAAUUGAAAAUGGUGAUCCAUAUUUUCCGCAUUUAAAUGAUAAUGGUGAACCACGUUGUAUACCGUUUACUCGAUCACUUCUUGGACAACUUACACUUGGAUAUCGAAAUCAACUUGACCAAUUAACAUCAUACCUUGAUGCAUCAUUUAUUUAUGGCUCAACAGAAUGUGAAGCAAAUAAAUUACGUUUAUUUAGCCAAGGACGUUUAAAUUUUACCGAUCUUGGCUUCAAUCGUGAAGCUUUACCACAAGGCCGUCAAGAAAGAGAUUGCAGAUCACAACCACGACAUCCAUGUUUUAAUGCAGGUGAUGAACGUAGUAAUGAACAACCAGGUCUUACCGUUAUGCAUACAUUAUUUCUUCGUGAACAUAAUCGUAUUGCAGCAAGUUUAAGUCGUAUUAAUAAUUUUUGGUCUGAUGAAAAAAUAUAUAUGGAAACACGACGUAUAAUGGGAGCUAAAAUACAACAUAUUAUUUACAAUGAAUGGUUACCAAUUGUAAUAGGUUGUGAUGCAGCUGCACGAUAUGAUCUUGUACCAAGAAAAACUGGUUAUUAUACAGGAUAUGAUGAUAAAUGUGAUGCAACAAUGACACAAGAAAUGGCAACAGCAGCAUUUCGUUUUGGUCAUUCAUUGAUACGUAAUAUAUUUCCACGAAUGAAUGCUGAAUUUCAGGAUGAAACAGAUGGACUUGAUUUAAAAGCGUCAUUUAAUAAUGAAACAUUUUAUUAUACAUUGGAAACUGGACAUAUUGAAUCAGUAAUUAUGGGACUUCUUGGAGCACAUAGUAUGGGUUUUGAUCGGCAUAUUAGUAAUGCGGUACGUAAUCAUUUAUUUCAACGAUCAACUCAUCCAUAUACAGGUAUGGAUCUUCCGGCACUUAAUAUACAACGUGGAAGAGAUCAUGGUGUACCACCAUAUAAUUCAUAUCGUGAAAUGUGUGGAAUGCAUCGUGCGAGAAAUUUUGAUGAUUUAAAAGACGUUAUGGAUAAUCGAACAAUAGCAGCAUUACGAAGUGUUUAUGAUCAUGUAGAUGAUAUUGAUCUCUUUCCAGGUAUUAUGUCUGAAAGGCCACUUAAAGGAGCACUGGUUGGCCCAAUGUUGACAUGCAUUAUUGGUGAACAAUUUCAACGAUUAAAGCGAUGUGAUCGAUUUUAUUAUGAAAAUGAUAAUGCAGCAACAAGAUUUACAUCUGAUCAAUUAGCUGAAAUACGAAAAACAACAUUGAGUAAGCUUAUUUGCGCAAAUAGUCAAUAUGCGCGUCGUAUUCAGCCAAAUGCAUUUCUCAUGCCUGAUGAUUUAACUAAUGCACCAAUGAAAUGCUCUGAACUACCAGAUAUUGAUCUUUAUGAAUGGCUUGAUCGACAAUUUUGUGUUGUCGAUCAUCGUGUUAUUAACUUGGGAAGAACAAAACGUAUAACACCAUGUAUCACAUGCACAUGUACUGCUGAAGGACCAGAAUGUCAUUCUAUGGUGAUUGAUCGUUGUGAAACAUUGUUAACCGAAUAUCUCUUCUCAGAAGUGAUUGCUGUACGAUACCGUUUGCGUAAUACAAUGCUCAUCACUGAUACGCCAACGAAACGGAUAACUGCAAACUCUGAUGCAUCACAGAUGCAACUACUAAUAAGUUCAAAACAUGACAAAUAUUAUCUGUAA